CGGUGGCGGCGGCGGCUGCGGGCAGCGCUCUGGGCGCAGGGCAUAGGACGCGAGGCGAUCGCCGUCGGGGCUUGGGCGGCUGGCAGUGGGCACAGGCUCCCCGGUGCCCGCCCCUCCGCUGGGAGGGGGGCGCGAGCGGGCGGCCGGGGAGGGGCCGGCACAGCCGCGGCAAAAUGAGCCUGCUGUCGGCCAUCGACACGAGUGCCGCCUCGGUGUACCAGCCGGCCCAGCUGCUCAACUGGGUCUACCUGUCGCUGCAGGACACGCACCAGGCUAGUGCCUUCGAUGCCUUCAGGCCAGAACCGCCCGCCGGCGCCGCGCCCCCGGAGCUGGCCUUCGGCAAGGGCCGCCCGGAGCAGCUGGGCUCGCCCCUGCACUCCAGCUAUCUCAACAGCUUCUUCCAGCUGCAGCGCGGAGAGGCCCUGAGCAGUAGCGCCUACAAGAGCGCCUCGCCCUACGGCUCCCUCAACAACAUCGCCGACGGCCUCAGCUCUCUCACUGAGCACUUCUCGGACCUGACCCUCACUUCUGAGGCCCGCAAGCCCAGCAAGCGGCCCCCACCCAACUACUUGUGCCACCUGUGCUUCAACAAAGGACACUACAUCAAGGACUGCCCCCAGAUUUUGGGAGUCAACGGUGGCCGUGUAGGACUGGGUCCAGAGCCACAGGAGGCUGAUCUGCGCUUGUUGCUGUCACACACACCAAGCUCUUCUCAGGAACGGCCAUCCCAGGCUUCGGGUCCUGGCUUCUCAGAGUGCAGCCCACCGACCACAGCACCAGUAUUUCCUGGGGCUUGCCAAAACCCACGAGUCCCAGACCCACCCAGACCUCACUGGGCACGCCCCAAAGGCGAGGGUCUGACACCAUACCAGGGCAAAAAGCGCUGCUUUGGCGAGUACAAGUGUCCCAAGUGCAAAAGAAAAUGGAUGAGCGGAAACUCCUGGGCCAACAUGGGACAGGAGUGCAUCAAGUGCCACAUCAACGUGUACCCGCACAAGCAGUGCCUCCGCCCCCUCCCCAGGCCAGAUGGGCCUCGAUUUCCAUCCCAGUUCUGUCACCGAGGACCUGGGUGUGCUGUGUUUGCUGACUCCCAGAGACCCCUGGAGAAGCCCGAUGGCCUGGACGUGUCUGACCAGAGCAAGGAGCACCCACAGCACCUCUGUGAGAAGUGCAAGGUCCUGGGCUACUACUGUCGCCGCGUACAGUGAGCCACCUGCAGCGCCCCCUGCCGGCCACGCUGCCUCCCCUGCGCUGCUCCCAGGGGCUGCAUGUCCCCUGGCCAGGGGGCUCUUGGGGUCUUUGUCUUGUGUGUGUUGACAAACAGUGUUACUGACAUUGCUGCCCCAACAGGCUGUGGGAGGCAGGGGCCCGGGGCUCUUCACAGCCUGGGGGUCUGUGGAGGCCUAGGUCCCAUAGAGUCCUUGGUGUUCCCCUGGCUUUUCUCUUCUGAGAGUGAGCAGCCUUUGGAGUGAGCAGCCUUGUAUUGGCCACAAGUGCACUAAAUUUACUGUGAAUCCCAAAGCCUGCAGGGGACUACUUCCCCAAGACCAGCCAGGCCAGCUUCUGUCACCCAGAACCUUUCGAUUUGCCCUGUAUGAAAAGCCACUUUGGAAAGCCCUAUCAGUCAGUCCUAGGUAGCAACCACGGGGGGCAGAUGCUUCCUCCGCAGCUGCUGGGGAGCAGGCCUCUGUGCCCUGCCCACACUGAGCCCCAAACUUUGACCGUCUCUGAUGUCACUGCAUCACACCCAGGAGCUGCACCCAGGGGACCCAGAGGGCAGAGGCAGGACAGGGAUGGCUCUGAAUGAUGCUCCAAGGUAUGUCCUGGGGCAUGUGGGGAAGCACCCCAGUGACCCCCAGCAGCACUGCCCACUAACUGGGUGCUGUGAGCCCUGUUCCCUUUCCUUCCUCUUUCCUCCCACCCACACCAGGUGCUGCAAUCCCACCAGGCUGCCAGAUGUAGCACAGAAAAUACUCUGACAGGAAGGACACAGGCCUAGCAUUCUGGAGAUGUACCGUGUCACCUGGGGCAAGGACUUCUCAUCUCCAGCCUCAGUUUCCCCACGAGUUAAGCAAGAGAGUGACACUACAAAGCCUAGAAGUCCCCCAGCUCUGAUGUUCAAGAAGUAGGCUGGCCCCAGGCCAUCCCACAGAACAGAGAGCUUUUUUUGGAAGGAGUCCCCUGGAUGGUGGGCGACACCUCCAGGAUCCCUGUACUCCAUACCACUGCCCCUCACUGUGUCGCCUGGGGAGUCACAUUCUCCCCUGCUGCCCCUGCAACUCCGCUUUGACUGUUGUCUCCUCCCUGCAACCCCCCCCCAUCCUCCUAACCCAGGUCUCCCCAGCCCUCACUGGGGCAACCCUGAGACAAGCCACAGAACCUCUCAUUUGGAAAAAGGGGACAAUGAUUGCCUACCUCCCAAGGGAUCAGAGAGGCCUCUUGGCACAUCACAUGGUCAGGGAGACCACCGUUCUGGCAGGCAGGAGGGCGCCUCCUCUCUCCCCAGUGAGAAGCCCCAUUCCUAUUGUCCUCUCCGCCCCCGCCACAGGGGGGAGGGAGAGAACUGGCUGCCAGGACUGGGUCGCUUGAUUUUGCCCCAACAUUUUGCCUCUGUGGGAAAAAAACAAAAA